UGAAUGAUUGAUUGCGCAAUGUAUAUCAGCUUAUCUUCCAGUCAGAGUGUCAGUAUCCCAUUCUUGUCCACAAUCUCCUUUUGGUCUCUGUAAAAUAUUAACUGUGAAAAAACUUCAACAACAUUGAAUGUGACUGUUCUUCUGCACCAUACCAGCUAGGGAAUGAAUCGUUCUGGUUCUGGUUCUAGUUCAUCUUCCUGGAGACGGAGAGGAUCAAGUUCGCUCGACCUGUGCACGGCGGUUUUCACGCCAUUCAUCGCUCUGGUUAGGGCUUUCUUCUUCAGCUUAGCCGGUUGCUUCCAUUUCCGCCACCAUUCCGAUAAGCUCUCUUUCUCUCUCAAUCAUCUUGUUCGCCUCUCUCGUGACUCCCCUUUUUCGGUUAAUGAAAUCGAGGCAUUGUAUGAGCUUUACAAGAAGCUGAGCAGUUCAGUGUUUGAUGAUGGCCGCAUACACAAGGAGGCGUUUCAGCUGGCACUCUUCAAUACAAAUACGAGGGAGAACAUUAUGCUGGAUAGGGUAUUUGAUCUUUUCGAUGAGAAGAGAAAUGGAGUCAUUGAGUUCGAUGAGUUUGUUCACACACUGAGUAUAUUCCAUCCCAAUACUCCAACGGAGAAAAAGAUUGAUUUUGCGUUUGAGCUCUAUGAUUUGAGGCAAACGGGAUACAUUGGCCCAGAUGAAGUCAGAAAAAUGGUGGUUGCCAUCUUAAAGGAGACCGGUGUAUCUCUGUCAAGCGAUGCUCUUGAAGCCAUUAUAGAAAAGACAUUUGAGGAUGCUGACAGUGAUAUGGAUGGUAAGAUCAACAAAGACGAUUGGAGAACCCUGGUUGCUAGGCACCCGACUUUGUUGAAGAAUAUGACUCUUUCUCAGCUCAAGAAUGUAACUACAGUGUUCCCUAGUUUUAUAUUCAACACUGAAGUUGAUGACUGAUGUCACAUCAUCCAUGCAUUUAUGAAGACCAUUGAUGAAAAUGCAGGAUUGCAGGUAAAGCAUCCAACUGAAUGCAGAAAGGAUUAAAAUGUCCAAUUGUUGACAGAUUGUAAUAUUUGGGAGGUUUAUGUAUUGGAUUAUUUUGUUCAAUUUAAUUUUUAUAUUUUUGU